UCUCGGUAGCCUCGUUAAAAAAAAACCACUUUGCCUGUGGCGCGCUGCCAACCUGCGUCGGUUGUGCGGUUGUGGCUCUGCAGUUGAGCUUUUGCGGAGCAAAGUUGUGAUGGAGCCCGGCUUCGAAGGGUACCCACCGUGGCAAACGGGAGACGUUACCCUCGAUAGAGUCGCCGAAGAGUCCCUCGCGGAGUUGAGAAGACUAUUGGAAGGUGAACCGGUGGUCAAUGCUCCCACUAACUCGACCGACUUGCUGCGCUUCCUGCGGUUUCGCAAAUACGACGCCUGCGAGGCGCUGGUUGUUCUCAAGAGAUACUGCGCAAUCAGGACCUCCGCACCGAAGCUCUUCGAAGGACUCAAGGAACCUGAAAAGAUACGAGAAGUAGCCCAAGAUAUCUUCACGAUACUGCCGCAAAGGAACAUGCACGGCAAGCCAAUUAUGUUCAGCAGAUUUGGAAAAUGGAACCCAUCUGAGAUGAGCAGCCUGCAGCUAUACCAAGCGAUGAUAUUCUGCCUCGAGCACUUGUCAAUGUGCCCCGAAGCUCAGACACUGGGUGUUUCCAUGGUGAACGACUUCGAAGGUUAUUCCUUAGUGAACGUGCGGCAUAUCGAGCUCGGCCUCACGAAAAGUCUGCUGCAUUACAUGCAGAAAUGUAUGCCCAUUCUAACAAACGAAGCUCACAUUCUCAGGGAGCCCGCAGCCUUUGAUGUAGCGUUCAAGCUAGUCAGACCAUUCCUGGAGGAGGAAAAGGUCAAAGCGGUCCGCUUCCACGGGAAGCACUUGGAGCGGCUUAAGAGCGCUAUUCCUGCGAGCGCCCUUCCCAAGGAGUUCCGAGGCACGGCCCCGCACACCGACUGGAACGCGUUCUGGAAGAACGUAUGUCUGGAUAGCAAGGCGGACGGCAUUUCGCGGGUGCGUCAAGCUCGAGAUUAGCACCACGGGCUCUCAAGCUUCGUUCGAAACACUUGGCACUUCCUCGUGGAAGAAUAUAAGAGUUGACUUCGUUUUGUGUUAAUCGCCAUGCUCAUACUUUCGAAUAGAUUUACUCUGCACA